AUGUCCCACAACAUUGCAAAUACAAGUACUUCUACGAGUGCUCCUACGGCUAGUCUUCCGACAGUUGAAGAAAUUAAUGGAUGGGAUCGAGAUAGGGUUAAGAGAUUUUUGCAAGCGAAGAGUACUGAAUUGGAGCUUGAAGAAAAUGAUAUUGACAUAAUAUAUAGUAAGAAGGUCUCCGGUAAAGCCUUCCUUCGUUUGACUGAAGAACAACUUACUCGUGUUCCUGGCACCUUUCAACUGGACUAUACACCGGCUUCAGCAAUCGCAGAAUUGGUUAAACAAAUCAAAGGAGUUUCCGCAGAGUCUUCUAAGCGACAAUAUUUGGUUGAUUACGAGGAAGAACAGAAUAGAAACGUGAAGAGGAUUCGAAAAUAUCCUUCCCCAUCAUCUUUCGCUCACAUCAAUUAUUUGUAUGAUCAUGAGUUUAUCAUUUAUCGCCCUUCUAGUUGUGUCGGCACACCAUUGAUAUUAUAUAAUUCUGCUUUUUCUCAGUUCAAGGAAGAUUUUAACAACGAAAAGCUACCUAUGAGUAAGGAACAUAAUCAAUGGACCCUAAAUUGCAUUAAAACUAUGUCAGAUUUUUAUUCGGAUGAGAAACUUCGUCAGAAAGAGUUUCAUGAAAUCAUUCGCGAAUUAUUUAGCAAAGAUGUAAAGGUAAUUCAGCUUGAUGAUAAUAGUUCAAACGAUGGAAUCUUGGAAUUAGAUUUUCAUACAUAUAGUGUAUUAUUCCUCCUCAUUGAGAUAAAAAACGAAAUUGGCACUG